UUAUUAUUAUUAUUCAAGAGGUCGAGAAUUACAAGAUAGCCAUAGAUGGAGUUGAUGUUGAUGAAUGGGCCAAGUCUGUACCGGAUGAUGGGUCUGUAGAUGAACAAACUGGUUCAUUUGAUAGAGUAGGCAUCUCUAAGAGUAAUAAAACAGUCACUACUCUGAAGGAUUCUCCUGCCUUAGAUGAUGCUAUUGGUUUCUUUGAAACCCAUCACUGUGUCAUGCCAACAAAUGGUCUGUACAAACUACAUCCUGGACAAGCUUCUGAUCUUGAUUGGUUGGAAUGUAACAUGGCUGGUCUAUUUGAUUUAGAUCCUGCUCAUGUGCUACAACUUAGACCACCAGAUUUUGAAGCUUACAAGUCAGGCAUGCAACCAUCUGUUCAUUUGUUCCUGAAGCGCCUAUCAACUUUGUCAUUGAGUCUACUCCAAUGCGAGACAAACCUAUAG